ACGCUUCAAACAAGUUUGAAACUGAGGAAGGAAAAUAUUUAUUUAAAAACGGAGACAAGGGCGCUAAAUACAAACAUACCCUAAAUAAAAUGUGAAAAAAUACAAUUAUUAAAGUAUCUGCACUGGCAGAAGUUCAUGGUAAAUACAAGCAAGAAUGGCUCCUCGUCUGCAGCUCGAAAAAGCCGCUUGGCGAUGGGUCGACACAGUCAAACCGGAGGAUAUAACGCAGGAACAUGUUGAGUUAGCAUAUCGUAUUGCUGUACCGGCGUGCAAGAGGGGAGCAUGCAGGCGCAACUGCAAAGGGAACCCAAAUUGUUUAGUUGGUAUUGGGGAACAUUCGUGGUUAGGGGAAAUCGAUGAAAAUACUUUCCACAACAUCGAUGACCCGAACUCUGAACGAAGAGAUAAGAACACUUUUGUGGGCCUGACGAAUUUGGGCGCCACGUGUUACGUGAACACUUUCCUCCAGGUGUGGUUCCACAACCUGGAGCUGCGCAGGACGCUCUACCUGUGCCAGAACUCCAGGGCAGAAGGGCACAGCACAGAGUCAGAAUAUGAACCUAGGACGAUAUGUGAACACCUGCAGUACCUGUUUGCAUUGCUGCAGAACAGCACCAGAAGGUACAUCGACCCCUCGGGUCUGGUGAAAGCACUGGGACUUAAUACUGGGCAGCAGCAGGAUGCACAGGAGUUUUCCAAACUCUUCCUUUCACUCCUGGAAGACACUUUAUCCCAGCAGAAAGACCCAACCCUUCAGAAUGUGAUCCAGCAGCAGUUCUGUGGAGAAUUCUCUUAUGUUACAGUAUGUACCCAGUGUGGCCGCUCAUCUGCUCUUCCAUCUCGUUUCUAUGAGCUGGAGCUCAAUAUCCAAGGCCACAAAACCCUGGCAGAGUGUGUAACGGAGUUCCUCAAGGAGGAGAAGCUGGACGGGGAUAACCGCUACUUCUGUGAGAACUGUCAGAGCAAACAGAGCGCCACCCGGAGGAUCACGCUGCACAGCCUGCCCCGCACACUCAACCUCCAGCUCAUGCGCUUCGUGUUUGACAGGCAGUCUGGUCACAAGAAGAAACUGAACAACUUAAUUAGUUUUCCAGAAAUUCUUGAAAUGGGCUCGUUUUUGGAAGCAAAAGAGGAGAAGUGCACGUAUGACCUGAGUGCUGUGCUGAUCCACCGGGGCGUGAGUGCCUACUCUGGCCACUACAUUGCUCAUGUCAGAGACUCCCGCACCAACGACUGGUACAAGUUCAAUGACGAGGAGAUCGAGAAAAUGGAGGGCAAGAAGCUACAGCUGGGCCUCGAGGAGGAUAUAGCUGAAACUGUCAAGUCUCAAACGCGGAAGCCAAAGUAUAGCAAAGGCUUUCACUGUUCCAGAAACGCUUACAUGCUGGUGUACAAGCGUCGGCUAGACCAGGAGGACCAAACCCAGACCAAUGUGGAGGUGCCAGCCUUUCUCCAGAGGCUUGUGGACCAAGACAAUAAAAAGUUUGAGGAGUGGUGUAGUGAGAUGGUAGACAUGAGGAGGCAGAGUGUGGACAAAGGCAAGGCCAAGCACGUGGAGGUCAAGGAGCUCUAUGAGCUCCUACCAGCGCAAGACGGUGAGCCUUUUGAAUUUGUGCCUGUGGAGUGGUUGAAGAAGUGGCUGGACGACUCGACAGCCACCAAGGCGAUUGACAACAGCCCCUUUCUGUGCAUGCACGGCAAACUGCACCCGGACCGCAUCGGCGAGGCCAAGCGCAUAUCCAACGCCGCCGCGGAGAGGCUGUUCAACCGCUAUGGUGGAGGACCCAGAGUAGACCGGUCCUUUCUGUGUAGAGACUGUGUUACUCGCCGCUGUCAAGUCCUCAGGCUUAAAAAUCAGCUCAGUGAAGACUACCGAGAAGUGACGAACCUCGCCAAGACCCAGCUGAAAAGCGGUGAUGAAGGGUUCUGGAUCGGAAAGGCGUCUCUGAGACAGUGGAGACAGCUGGCGUUGGAACAGCUGGAGGAGGAAGAGGAGGAGACUAAACACACCAACUGCAAAACCAACGGGGAGAAACCCACCUGCACAGGUGCGGAAGAUGGUGAACAAGACAAUGAUGGUGAUGAGGAGGAGAUGAAGAUGUUCAAUGAGGACAUUCUCUGCUGUCAUGGUGGUCUGAGUAUUCAUGAGGGUGAGAGGCGGCUGGUCUCGCAUGAGGUGUGGGGUAAACUGAAGGUGUACUUCCCCAGAGCGCCAGAGUUCAGCCAGCGUCAAGAGUCAUGUCAGCAGUGCACGAGGAUGGAGAAAGAGGGCAAAGAAAAUGAAGCUCUGAACAGAAUGAUGGCCAGUGAGCAGAAGAACUCCCUCCUCAACCUCUUCCAGGAGAAGAAUCGCCCCACGCUACAGAAAUGGCCCCAGGAUACUGAUGUCUUGUAUAUUGUUUCUCUGUUCUUCGUUGAUGAGUGGAGGAAAUUCAUCAGGAGGCCAGCAAAGUCCAACCCAGUGUCCAAUGUGGGGAACAACAUCCUACUGUGUCCUCACGGUGGCUUCAUGUUUACGUACAACUCCAUGAUUCAGGGAGAUGCUCAGCAUAUAGCUCUCCUCUGGCCUGCUGAAUGGGAUGUGAUCUGCAGACUGUUCCUGGUGGACCAGCCAAUUUGCAUAUGCAGGACUCAAGACAUGCAAGACAGCGGUAGCGUGCAGUACCGCACCGAGCCUGAGCUGUGUCGAGAAUGCCGCGAGGGCUUUAUCUUCCAGCAGCAGAGGGACUUGCGGGAGUACGCUCAGGCUACAGUUUACGUACGAAAGGUCAUUGACAGCAAGCGGAUGAUUAAGGAAGCUGCUCCUGAGUUCAGUAUGAGUGGCUCUGAGGCAGAGGAUGAGAGAGAGGAGCCCAAAAUGGAAGGGGAGAAAGACCCCGACUUUAACCAGACUGAUGACGGGGCGAAGCGUCAGAAGCUGAGUGACGCGAGUCCCAGCACAGCUCCGUCAUGCGUCCCCUCCGUGGCCUGCACAGCCACUGCAGGGAAGUCUGGCAUUCGCAGGAGCAUGCGACACAGGAGACUCCGCGGGGAGAAGGCCCUCAUCGUCUCUGCCAACCAGACCCUGAAGGAACUCAAAAUCCAGAUCAUGCACGCCUUCUCUGUCGCCCCAUUUGACCAGAACCUGACGAUAGAUGGCCGCUGUUUGACUGACGACUCGGCUACUCUGGGAAGCCUGGGAGUCUUCCCAGAGAGCAUCAUAUGUCUGAAGGCCGAUGAACCUAUUGCAGAUUAUGCCGCUAUGGACGAUGCAUACCAAGUCUGCUUGCCUGAAGAAGGAUUUAAAGGUACUGGGUUACUAGGACACUGAUGGACGUUCUUGAUGUGGAUGAACGCUAACAUCUCACUGAAGAGAGAAGCUUGAAUUAGUCUGAAGAAUCUUUGAGGGUUCGAAGUUAGAUUUGUUUUUGUGCCUUUCAACUUUUUUUUUUCUUUUUUUUUUCUUUUAUUUUUGUAACUUAAUGUUGCGCCUCCCCUAAAAGCGUCUGUCUUUGGAUACAGGUGUGCUGAGUUUUAAUAUUACAAGAUGUUGAUGCAUUCUGUAAGUGCAUACCAUGACUGUGAAAAAAUACGGGUUGGGACAUUAAACGGUCUUUACAUAACAGUGCUUCUUGCUGGUGCCAGUGUGAUGUUCUCUUGAGAUGAUGGCUUGAUGUGUAGAUACCCGGCUUAGAUUUGCUGGAUGACACAUCUGUACAAUUUCUAGGCACAAAGUUUCAUUCAACGGAAUCACAUGGCUACACCCUGCAAUCUCACUCAGAUAUACAUACGAAUGCAUGAGCAACUUCAAUAUUAAAAAUGUAAGUGUCUGUGUAAUCACAAUGAUACCCUCACCAAAAAUAACUUUAGUAAACCGAUCUUUAGAGAGGCACUCAUUUCCAAAAUAGGAAAAAAUAAACAAAAAAACUCUUGCAAAAUAGUUUAGACGUGUUCUGCUACUACUUGACAUGUUAUGCAGGCCUCUGUGUGAACUAUUCUUUUCUGUAAGUCUUUCAUAUGGGCAAUAAAGUUCCUUUUUUCACAUG